GAACAAUAUGUCAACUGGAGCCAGGUGCAGACCAAACGCCUGAAACGGGAAACCUCUUGUUGGGACUUUAAAGCUUACAGUUACAACAAAAACAGAAACCAUCCAGCAGCAGCAAUAACAUAAGACGGUUUCAAAAAACGUAGCUAUGGAGGAAGUCCAAGAACCUAAAGACUUCCGAGGAGAAGGGGAAAGAAGACGCAGCUCACUGGCAAGAAGUUUUCAGUUUACAAAGGACGACCUUCGUCUAAUGGAGGAGGCUGUCAGCCAUUGGCAGGCAGAUCACAGGCACAGUUACGAUAACUUAUUCCAAGAAGGAAAUUACAGGGAAUAUGAUCAUCAGGUAAAAGUCGAAAUGAAGGCCACAUUUAUGAAGGUGAUGGACAUCGACACACUCAGUCAACAGUUCGAAGCAGAGGCGUUCAUCCAAGCCAAGUGGGAGGAACCCAUUUUCUCUGGAAUGAGCCAACAGGAGCUGAAUCAGUUGUUGCCCACUGAUUUCUGGAACCCUCAACUGAAGGUCAUGAACUUAGCUGGGGAUUAUGACCAAGAGAGACGUUCCUACUUAGUUCGCUAUGAAGUUGGCUGUACAUCACCUGUUGUGUUACACCGAUGGAGGUUUAAAGGUGUCUUUCGAGAAAGUCUUGAGCUCAAGCAUUUCCCAUUUGAUGUUCAGGUAUUCCAGGACUUGAGUUUGCAGAUUUCUUCUGAGCGGUCAGUGGAUGAGAUUAAGAUGGUGCAUGAUCCCUGGCAUCUGAGUUCAGUGAACACCAAGGCAUUUCAGGAUUCGCAGGAAUGGUCCAUCUAUAGGCAUGUGGAAUGUAUUUUCAAGCGCACAUCUAUGGAGUAUGCAUCAUCUGCCAUCCACCCCAUUCUCUACUUCACUGUGCGGGUGAAGCGGAAUGUGGGGUACUUUCUUUGGAAUGUCGUCUUUAUUGUGUUUCUGAUUCUGUUGCUGACGUUCACCACAGCAUCAAUUGAUCCGACCUCUUCUGACAGACUGGUCAGCACCAUCACUCUCUUCCUGACCCUUGUGGCCUUCAAGAUGGUGGUCAAGCAGAGCUUGCCAACUAUUUCCUAUCUGACAUAUCUUGAUAUGUACAUUUUAGCAUCAUUGCUGUUUCUGGCGGUGUACUCUAUUGAAAAUGCCUUCAUUGCUGGCCACAAGACCACUGUGAAUAAUGACCUGCUCAAACAGUAUGAUGAACUGGCCAUUCUUGGUUUGGGCAUUCUCCUUAUUAUUUAUCACCUCCUUUUUAUCAUUCACAUCCAGGUCACGGCUCUUAAGCGAAGGAGGCAAAUGGCUGACCUUGACAAGAAAUAUGCUAUACAAGCCCAGGAGCUAUAUGCUAAGCGCCGAGAGUUUCUUUCUUCUGCCAAGCCUUCACCCCAGCCAGAAAAGCUAAUAAAGCCGCGUAGUAUCUCGUAAUUUCAGGAACCUGAGUGGAGUGUGCAGCUAUAGAAAGGUCUGAUGGUAAAACUCACUUGCAAUGAAUAUGUAGGACUUUGUACAGCCAUUAGACAAAUUAUGAUGGGUCCAUUGCAGUCAUAUUUUGGUUUAUUGGAAAACCUGUUGGACAUAUCACUUCUUUUUAAGCUAGAGAUGCAAGAAGACUUUGGGAUUCAGAGCACCUCUAUUGAUUGGUUUUCAGUCUGUUGGAUUCGUCACAGCCAAAGAUUCAUGAAACGAGCGAACCACUACACAUGGACUCUCUUGUCUAGGCAUAGUCUUUAUAGACACAUACUAGACUGCGUUAUAUCUUUUUUAUUAUCAUGACAAUUAAAUAAUAAAAUGCACAUUUUUAUCUCAAAUAAAAAAAGUAACAUUGACAAAAUAAAUAAUACACUGAACACUGCUAUAAACAGACUCAAGUAAUCUUUGCAAUUUUAAAAAAUACCGAUGAUUAGCUCCACCAAAAUUAUUCAUACCAUUCAGCAUAUUAGCAAGAAAAAUAAAAGGUAUGCAGUUUCACUUGGGGACCCUGACAUUAAUACAAGUAAAUUGUAUUUUAUUUCCUGUGCCCUGUACUGUUCUUGACAUAGUCCUGUUGCCCCUGUACCUGUAUUGCCACUGUUAUAGUACACUGCAAAUAAUAGUUUGAUAAAAAUUGCACAGCUGUGCCAUUCACGCACAUGAGUAUAGACCAGAUGAAAUGAUAAGGCAAAAUUUUUAAUACUUGUUUUACAGACAUAUUUAACACACUUGUUAUA